AUGAACGCCGCCGCAGCACUACUACUCAUCACCGCCGUUUCAACAAUCCUAACAACGGCCACCGGGCAACCCGAUGACGUGGCGCAGCCGGAGUGGAGCCUGUGGCCGUACAAGCACGUCCACAUCAGCAACGAGCUGGGGUCCAGCGUGGUGAUGACGGUGCACUGCAGGGGCAAGAGGUUCCUGACGAAGACCAAGGACCUCGGGGUCCAGUACGUCGGGGACGGAGGGGAGUACACGUGGCGGUUCAAGCCGGGGUUCUUCGGAGUCACCAAGUACCCCUGCCACGUCACCGCCGUCCACGGCAGCCAGUCGGUCCACGUCGACUUCGUGUCGUACUCGUCGAGGAGUCGGCACGCGUUCGUGGAGCACAAGAACAACGUGUACUGGGCCGUGAAGCGUACCGGCGUGUACGCGAGGGACGUGACCAAGGGGGCGAGUGGGGAUGUGUUGAAGUACGUUUGGGUUCACGACUCAUGA